AACUUGGAAUAAAUUCAAUAUCUUUAAUGGUAAGGCGAAUAUGGAUUGGAAAAUUAAAAAUCUGGUAGGUGGAGAGUGUCUUGGAAGGGAGAUAUUCUUAAGAGUGUAGGGGAUAUUACAAAAAGGGAUUGAAGUAAGGUUUAUGGAAAGAAUUGAUUAGAAAUUUUUGGAAGUAAAAGAUAGAUUGAUCAAUAUAUAUAAUAGCAAAGCUUAAAUUGGAAAAUAUUCUAAUGGACUAAAGAUCGGUAAAUGGGGUUACAUGAAAAAUGAUGAUAAAAUGUACAGAUUGUUUAAAUAAUUUAGUGCUGGUGGAUAAUAUAAUGAGCAAGGAUAAAAAAUUGGAAAAUGUAUAGAUUUGUUGGAGAGCUUUUGUGAUUAAGCCUAGGCUACUUUUAAUGGGGAAUAUAAUCUGAAGGGAAAGAAAGUAGGAAAAUGGGAUAUUAUGUAUUGCAUUCGGUAUGAGUAGUAAUUUAAAUUAAUGUAAAUUAAAAAAUAUAUAUAUUGUUAGCGGUGGUGGAUUCUAUCGUAAUGAUGAGAGUUAGACAAAGAUUGGAAGGUGAAUA